AUGUCUAGCCUACAGGGGCUAGAUUCUCCUGCUGUGAUUUUUGACAAUGGAUCUGGGCUCUGUAAGGCAGGACUCUCUGGAGAGAUUGGGCCUCGACACGUCACCAGCUCCAUUGUGGGGUACCCGAAGGUCAAGGUGUCCUCAACUGGAGCCAAUCAGAAGGAGUACUUUGUUGGGGAGGAGACCUUGUACAAACAGGAGGCCCUGAGUCUGCACUCCCCCAUUGAGCGGGGCCUGGUCAGGGACUGGGAUGACGUGGAGAAGCUGUGGCGACACCUCUUCGACUGGGAGCUCGGGGUGAAGCCCAGUGAACAACCGGUGCUCAUGACAGAGCCCUCCCUGAACCCCAGGGAGAACCGCGAAAAGACGGCAGAAGUGCUGUUUGAGGCCUUCCAUGUGCCUGCCUUCUACCUAUCAGACCAGGCAGUGCUAGCGCUCUAUGCCUCUGCCUGCGUCACAGGCCUGGUGGUGGACAGCGGGGAUGGGAUCACCUGCACCGUCCCUAUCUUUGAGGGUUACUCCUUGCCUCAUGCAGUCAGCAAACUUCAAGUGGCUGGCAGGGACAUCACAGAGCUCCUCACCCGGCUCCUCCUGGCCAGUGGGAGAGCCUUUCCAUGUCCCCUGGACGAGGCCCUGGUGAAUGACAUUAAGGAAAAGCUCUGCUACGUGGCCUUGGAGCCUGAGGAGGAACUCUCCCGGCGGGCGGAAGACGUCCUGAGGGAGUACAAGCUGCCGGAUGGGAAUGUCAUCUACAUCGGAGACCAGCUGUACCAGGCUCCCGAGGUCCUGUUCUCACCAGACCAGCUGGGCACCCAAGGCCCAGGGUUGGCACAGAUGACAUCCAACAGCAUAGGCAAGUGUGAUGCUGACAUACAGAAGACGCUGUUCGGGGAGAUCAUCUUGUCAGGAGGCACCACGCUGUUCCAGGGGCUGGAUGACAGGCUCCUGAAGGACCUGGAGCAGCUGGCUUCCAAGGGGGUGCCCAUCAAGAUCACGGCACCGCCUGACCGCUGGUUCUCCACGUGGAUCGGAGCCUCUAUUGUCACAUCUCUGAGCAAUUUUAAGCAGAUGUGGGUCACUGCUGCAGAUUUCAAGGAGUUUGGGGCAUCUGUGGUCCAGAGACGGUGUUUCUGA